AUGACGCCGUCAGUCUAUAAAGAGGGAGCUCAGCGCCUGUUUUCCCUUAUUCUGUUUCUAAAAGCGAGCGGCGUUAUGGCUGAUGAGAAGAAAGCCCAGCAAACCUCCAAGAAGGGGGCGAAGAAAAUCAUUAAGAAGGCGCCAGCAAAGGGCAGCAGGAAGAGGAAGAGGUCAAGGAGAGAAAGUUACUCCAUCUACAUCUACAAAGUGAUGAAGCAGGUUCACCCCGACACCGGCAUCUCCUCCAAGGCCAUGAGCAUCAUGAACUCGUUCGUCAACGAUAUUUUCCAGCGCAUCGCGGGGGAGGCUUCCCGCCUUGCCCAUUACAACAAGCGCAGCACCAUCAGCUCCCGGGAGAUCCAGACCGCCGUGCGGCUGCUGCUGCCCGGGGAGCUGGCCAAGCACGCCGUGUCGGAGGGCACAAAGGCAGUGACCAAGUACACCAGCUCCAAGUGA